GAUGAUACAUUUAGCGGCCGUGUUCCUAAAGGUUGGUAUUAUUAGUGGUGUGAUACCUACUUCCGGAAGUCGUUAGAGGGCGGGAUUCUCCAACUAGAAGAGCAGACUUUACAGUGUCACCACAGAGAACAGACGUUCUAACAGAUUACAGAAUAAAACUAUAGAGUAGCAGUCUUCUAGACCUACCUAUUUUCAACAGAUAUACAGACAGAAAUAAGAUAUGGCUGUACCAUCAAGUAACGUCAAGGACUUCCUGACCACAGUUGAAGAACACCUAGAAAGGGGUCAUGUCUAUUUUUCAGCCGAUGACUUCGUCAAGAACCUUUCACUUUGCCCAAGAUUGGCAGGGAGGGAAAAGGCUGAACUUCUGCUAAACACCCUGUUGAAAAUGGUAAAACUUGCGAAGGAAAAGAAAGAUGCCACCAGAAACAAAAGAAGGCUCACACAGUGGCUAAAAGAGGCAGCACACAGUAUGUUGACCUUCCAAGUAGCCAACAGGGAUUGGAUAAGCAACAAUGUUUGGAAGCUCCCGGAUCUACCUAAACCCGUGGAACAAGUAUAUGAUCCAACAAAAGGGAAAAGGGACAUCCGAUACUUUCCAACUUCAAAAUCAGAUAAAGCGUUGGAAAAAGAAGUAGGAGACGAAAGUGUUGAUGAAGAUGUAUUGGAUUUGGAGUUAAACGAAGACGAACUUCUUGCGUCACCAAGAGUCCAGUCUAAUACAGAAACUGCAGCGGAUCCAACACAACCCAUGGAAGUGGAUCAGCAGGCAGAUUCACCAUCAGCUACUGCCAUAGUCAGUCCCAGGAAGUCUCCAAGACUGGCUGAGAAAUCCAGGAUUUCACCGGUAAAAGCACCUCCUCAGGAAGUCGCCAAGCCAAAGUCUCCUAAAGCUUCCAAGAGAUCUACAGACAAGGAAGACCAGAAGAGGGCUUCUAGCUCCUCUUCUAGACAUCCAAAAGAACAUAGACCAAAGGACAAAGAAGACCAGAAGAGGGCUUCUAGCUCCUCAUCUGGACAUCUGAGAGAGAAUAGACAUGAACCCAGAAGGCACUCUGAAGAUACUUCUAGGACAUCAAGUAUGGCUGAAGACAGAAAGAAGCAUUCAGACCGUUCUAAGUCUCGCCAGGAUGACCGGGCUUCUAGUUCAUCUCAUCAUCACCAAGAACGGGAUGCUUACUCCGUAGCAAAAUCGAGGCCACAUUCCAGUACCUCCAGUGGGGCUUCUAGCUCGGGGAAGAACUGGAAUGAGAAGGCACCAAGAUCAUCAGAUCGAACCGGCUUCAGAGAUGUUGAACGCCACGUGACAUUUGGCAGAGGUAUGACCGUUGAUUACCAACAAGCGACUGUAGGCCUGAAGAAGAGAUCAGCUACUGCAGUCCCUCUAGAAUCUUUGGUUAUAUCUACAACAGUUCUGAAGAAACAGAAGACUGAUGAUAUUCUGCAUCAGGUCAAAAAAAACGGUAGAGGAAAGAAGAAAAUCCUCGGGUAA